AUGCCACCCCGAACUCCCUCCGAGCGCAAGGCUGCGCACCCUCCUCCGGAGGAUUCCUCGUCCGAGGAGCCUGAGGUUUCUGAGAGUGAGUCUGAGGAGACUGACAAUGAUCCCGCCAUCGGAACACCAUCAGGAAGCCAUGCAUCCACUGUUGUUGAUACUCCGACUCGCAAUGCAACUGCUGCUCGGAGUACUGCGGCUCUCCGCAACCUGCGUCGUGCCUAG